CACGAGCCAACACUGGCGUGGUCAUUCUCCCCGCUGACAAGUGAGCACAGCCGGUCGGAAAGUUACCGGCACGCCGCAAACCUCGACCGCAUUUUGCGCAAGCAGUGCCAAAACGAACACCCCAAAAAAAAAAAAAAAAAAGGUCUUGGGGGGAAUGGCUGUGCCGAUGACGUCGGCGAGUUAAGGACAUUUUAAAGUCUAUGCGCCGUCUGCCAUCCUUUGUCGCUGAAUCCGCCACUUAGCGUCCGAAAGCAGGCCGGCCGGAGAGCUAGAAUGAGUCCGAAAGCGAAGCCGUGGGCCGAGCUGAAGCAAGCCGGCAAUGAGUGCUUCAAGGCCGGCCAGUACGGAGAGGCCACCCGCAUAUACAGCCUGGCCAUCAGCGAGCUACACAAGUCCGAUCCAAAGAACGUGGAGGAGUUGAGUGUGUUGCACUCCAAUCGUGCCGCCAGCUACCUCAAAGAAGGAAACUGUGCCGAAUGUUUCAAGGACUGCAACAUUUCUCUGGAGCUGCUACCGUUCAACGUGAAAUCUUUGCUGCGCCGGGCCGCCGCCUCCGAGGCCCAGGAGCGUUAUCAGCAGGCCUACGUGGACUACAAGACGGUGCUGCAGCUGGACGCGCGCAUUGUGGCUGCGAACGACGGAGCCAACAGAAUGACAAAAGCGUUGACGCAGGUCAAUGGUCCGUCGUGGCGCGAGAAGCUCCCUCCCAUCCCCGUUGUACCUCUGGCAGUUCGGGAAAAGCUCAGCCAAGGACCCUCUACCGUGCCAUCGCAACACAACGGUGUGGCGCCGAGCCACAAUCUACCGGCUGAGGGGGAUGUCCAGAAAGCCACAUUGCUGAAGGAGGAAGGAAACGCACUGGUCAAGAAAGGGGCGCACGCCCAGGCCGCCGAAAAGUACACUCAAAGCAUCCUCCACCACGGCAAAGAGGCUGCCACCUUCACCAACCGGGCCUUGUGCUACCUGGCGCUGAAGCGCUACCACGAUGCGCUCAGCGACUGUGACGCAGCGCUCGCCAUCGACGGCGCCAACGUCAAGGCACUGUACCGACGGGCGCAGGCGUACAAGGAGCUCCAGGACGGGAAAAGUUGCAUCCGAGACCUGAACAAGCUCCUCACCCUUGAGCCAAACAACACGGCUGCCAUUAAGCUGCUGCAGGAAGAGCAGCAGCAGCCACCACCACCACCACCUCCGCAGGAGAAGAAGAAGAAGAAGAGCAAGAGCAGGAAGAAGUGACCACUGGACACUUUGUUCAGAAACAUGAUAGAAGGCGAAAGUGAGUGAGUGGAGUUGGCGCCGCAAAGACAAGCAAUCACCGCGCAGUCGGCCCGCCACUUGCGGCGAUGCCCAUCCUCUUGACCCAAGUGCCUGAAAUCCUCGUCGUCAUCUUGGGGUCUUUGAUGUGGUCACUGGUCACCAUCUCGUUUGAUUCGAUCUAGUCUUCACCGCGCUACUCUCAAGUGCGUUAUUGCCCAUUUUCCUGUCAUGGUCCCAGAUCGCCGGAUUACCUACCCACCUCCUUUCUCUUCUAAUCCCCCUGGUGCGAUAUGCGCCUUUAGUCUUUAGAUAGUCUUUAAUCUCGUCAUUGGCUGACAUGGAUCUCUUCUAUCAUGACUUGGCAUUUCAUUCUGUGGCGUCUUUGAUCUUAUCCCUUUUUUCUUGCAAUCUUUUUAAGAUAACAUCUGAGAUCUUUGUCAGUGACACCUGUGUUUUUUCAUGCCCCCCUCCUUACAAGUCUAUAGGCGAACAUGAGCUUUGGGAGCGAGAAGAAAAGAGUCGUGAGCGUUUCUGUUGAAAAUAAACACACAGUUUAAUAACC